AUGCGGGACUUCUCCUGCUUCGGCGACGGCGCCGUCAGCCUGGCCGUCGGGGCCGCCGGCGGCGGAGGAGCCGGCGCCGCGCUCGACCGCUCGCUCCAGGCGGCCACCGCCAGCGUCUACAGGGUCGCGCUGUCGUCGCGCAAGGAGCUCCGGAUCAGGGUCACCUGGACCCGGGGCGCCGCCGCGCCGGCGGCUGCUGCUGCCGGCGCGACCGGGCUCGCCGUGGCCGUCGACGACGGAUCCCGGGCGCUGCCGCUGGCGACGCCGGCGCCGCUCGGCACGCCGCGCCGGACGACCGCGGCGGCGCCGGCUCCGGCGGCCGCCGCGCAGCAUCUCCUGCAGAAGAAGCGCGGGACGCGGUCCUUCGCCACCGAUGCCGGCACGGCGGUGUCCAUCUACUGGGACACGGCGGAGGCCAAGUACCACCACCCGGGCGCGCCGGAGCCCUCCCGCGACUACUACCUCGCCGUCGUCGCGGACGGCGAGCUCGCGCUCCUCCUCGGCGGCGGCGAGGGCCUGGUCCACACGACGCGGUGCCGGUUCCGCGACGACGGCGCGGAGCACGAGGUCACGGUGGCGUGCCGCGGGGAGGAGUGGGGCGGCCCCUCCAGGGACGGCGAGGUGGCGGUCAGCGUCGACGGCAAGAAGGUGGUGGAGGCGCGCCGGGUCAAGUGGAACUUCCGCGGCAACCGGACGGCGGUGCUGGGCGACGGCGCGGUGGUGGAGGUCAUGUGGGACGUCCACGACUGGUGGUUCGCCGGCGUGUCCCCCGGCGGCGGCGGGGCGCAGUUCAUGGUCAAGGCGCGCGGGGCCGGGGACGGCGGCCGGGUGUGGAUGGACGAGGAGAUGGCCAGCAAGGGCCAGCCCCCCGCCGGGUUCUUCCUGCACCUGCAGUGCUACCGGCGUUGACCUGCCGGCCAGCCGCCGGCGCGACUCCCUCCUGUUCCAGUCCGUCACCUGGUCGUCGUGAUCUUUCGCAGCGCUGUGUCAAAGCUCCUCCCAUUAUCCCAUUCAAUUCAGACGCUGUUGCUGACGUUGAUAGUUCCGCUGCUCCUGUCUGGUUGUUCGUUCAAGAGGUUGAUGGUUGAGACUCCGACAAUGAGAGAGAGGAGACCAUCUUCCCUCUCCAUCGGCCCGUCGCCAUCGAAAAAACACUGACGAAAAUGAAUCAAAUCCAUCGAGAAUGGUCACAAAGUUUCA